AUGGCUCCCAAGAAGGUCCUCUUCACCGGCGCAACAGGCUACAUUGGUGGCUCUGUUCUCACCCUUCUCCAAAACUCAACCCAUGCCGACAUCAAAAACCUUUCCUACUCCGUCCUCGUCCGCAAGCCCGAACAUGCAGAGUACUACAAGGCCCAAGGCAUGACGCCAAUCAUGUUCAAGAAUCUCGACGAGGACAUGGAGCUUUUGAAGAAGGCGGCGAGCGAACAUGACAUCAUCAUCAACACUGCCAGCGCUGCCAGAGCGAUUGGCGCGAGGUCUCUGGUUGAAGGGCUGGCGGAGAGGAAGAAGACUACCGGCGAGCCAGUCUGGUUCAUUCACACAUCCGGCACUUCGAGCAUUGGCAACCGCCCCGUUAGCAAAGUCUACACGCAAGAAGACGCCCCCUUUGAAUUCAACGACAAGACUCAAAACAUCCACGAGUAUGAGCUGAAGCGUGAGGCCCACGAUCCUUAUUCUCAGCGUACAGGCGAUGUAGCCACUGUCCAAGCCGGCGAGGAAUUCAACGUGCCCACUUACAUCAUCAUGUCACCCACCAUUUACGGCAACGGCACCGGCGCGUUCAACAAGCGUUCCAUUCAAGUCCCCUUCCUGGCUCGACGAGCAGUCAAGAAGGGAUACGCCGAGUACAUUGGCGAAGGCGCAGGAGUGUGGGACCACGCCCACAUCGACGACACGGCCAAGGUGUAUGAACUCGUGCUGGAGAAGCUCUUUGCAGGAGAGAACCUUCCCUUUGGCAGAAAGGGCAUUUACUUUGCUGGCAACGGACGCCAUCUGUGGAAGGAUCUUUCUGACGGACUCGCCAAGGCAGGAUUUGCUGCUGGAGUGCUCAAGGAGGACAAGGCACGGCCAAUUGGGCUGCAGGAGAUUACAGACGAUACUCCGAAUGGAAACUACCAGUUCUUGGAGCUGGGAUUUGCCUCGAGAUCAGUUACUAAUGCGGUACUGGCGACAGAAGUGUUGGGUUGGAAGCCGGUGAAGGGAGAGGCUGAUUGGGAGAGGGGAUUCGAGGAGGAGAUUAAGGCGGCGAUGGCUGAGUAA